CACAGAUGACAAACUGAUUUUGACUGCUUGUGUAUAUCUGUCACUAGCAAACAAGUGUCAGGAAUAAAAGUGCUGUGCGUCAUCCUCGGCAGUUGGAAAAUAAUUGUGUUUUCUUAAUGAACAGAAAAUUACUGAGCAGUAAAUAACUGAAGGGGCAGCACAAUAUUUUUUUUCACAGCCUUGAAAGGAAUUCAGCAUAGAGACUAAAAUUUUCCCUUGUUGGGCAACUGUCACUGAAAUCUGAAACAGUCAAGUUGCUGGGAUUUGGGAUUUCUCAUCAAACAACACAGUCCAGUUCCUGUAACAUUUGGAAAGUGAACAGAUUGUACAGCUUUGAAACCAUUUAAGCAGGCUCACAUUUAUACCACACAGAAUGGAAGAAGACAGACUGAUGAAGGAAAGGCUCCAAGCCAUAACUGAUAAGAGAAAACUUCAAGAGGAAAUAGCUCAGAAACGACUUCAAGUAGAGGAAGAAAAGCAAAAACUCCAACACAUUAAGAAAAAAGCUCUCAGAGAAAAAUGGCUUUUAGAUGGAUUAAGCCAGACAACACCUGAACAAGAUCAAACCCAAAAUGACCAAGCAAGAAGCAAACUGCUGGAGCAAGACAUCUGCAAACUUGAAAAAGAAAUUCAGUCACUUGAAAGGCAGGAGCUAGAGAUUUCUGCUAAUGAAGAAACCAUUUUAAAGAAGCUAAAAGCAGUUGAAAAGACAGCAGAGGAUAUCAUUAAGGCUGUGAAGGCUGAAGCAGAUGAAGAAUCCAUUGAAUAUACAUACUCAAAAAUCCAAGAUCUUCCACCAUACUAUGUACGAACUCCUCUGGAAAAGGGUGAAGGAUCAAAAUCAAAGAAAGAUUAUGAAGAAAACAAAAAAGCUUUGAUAGCCAUGGAAAUCAACGUGGAGAAAGAUCUGUUAACUGGCGAAAGCACUAUUCUGUCAACUGCCCCUGUUACACAUAGAAAUUUCAAAGAAAGAGGGAUCAAAGUUUUUGAUGAUGGCAGGAAAUCAAUAUUUGCUGUAUGUUCUGAUGGAGGUACACUGGCAAACGGUGUAGAACAGCUCAGCCCUUUUCAGGUUGAGGACCUUUUAAGGAAGGCUACAGAAAGCAAACAUAAAUCUCCUUUAAAGCACCAUGAGUCAGGAUACUCUUCCCAGAAAAAGCCUACUGCACACCAGAUGCCAUUUAGACAGCUGUCAAGUCCUACAAAUCAGGAACACCAUAAAGAAAGUACCAAGACAAAUCCUAAUGUGAACAGGUCAAUCAGUGCUGAGCCUUAUAAAGAAAGAAAAACAAUACAACAUGAUGAAGAUGGUGAUUUUAAUCCUCCAACAUCACCAGCAAAAAUGUCUCAUUUCCAAAGGCCUCCAAUGAUGAAACGCAGGCUCCCUAGCAACAGACAUCUCCAAGAUAUUUCGAGUAAAUCAUCUGAACCUCAGGUUGAUCAAAAUAAACUGGUUAUCACUCAAAUUCCACACCAGGAUGCAAAUGAAAACUAUUCGGGUAAUGUCUUCGUAGAUUCAAUUUAUUCCAAUGGGAGAUCAACUUCAGCAUUUGAAGAAGAUGUUAAGUAUAAUAUUGUUCAAGAAAUGCCAUCAAAUAUUAAAAGUGAUGAGCCUGUUACAAUGAUAUUCAUGGGGUACCAGCAUGUUGAUGAUGAAGAAGAAAUCACACCGGCCUCAACAUUUGAAGGAGCAAUUCGUGCCGAGCUGGUCGUUAUUGCUGAUGAUGAGGAUGACGACGUUAAUCAUACAUGCUUUUACAGUUCUGAAAGCCCGUGUAAUCAAACGUGUCAACCACCAUCACAGUUAAGCACUGGAUAUUACUCUUCAGAAGCCAGAAUCAAUUUAAAUAUGAAUAACAUCUCACCUUACAAAAUGUCCACAGCUGUUAAAACACAAAAGUCCACCAUAAAUAGCUCAUUUUCCAAAGACACGCCAGAUGAGCAAUUAACUAGAGAAGUUUCUGAGGACCCUUCCUUAUCAGCUUUAAGAAUGAGAAUGGCCAAGCUGGGCAAAAGGGUGAUCUAGACGUAACUCAGGCAUGCAGAGAAAAGAACAGAACAGAAAACUGUUAAUGCUUUAAUUUCAAAUUUAAAAACAGAAAACAACAGUCUUCUGCCAAAUUCUCUAUAUUUUUUCUACUCAAUGGAAAGCUACAGGCACAGUUCACAACAUAAGAAAUAGUUUUCAAAAUGGGAUUAAACAUGUCCAAAAUGCUGACAGCAUACAUGGAUGAGUGUAAGCGUUUUAAUGCAGUCAUUGGUCUAUGAUGUACAUUUAAUGCAAUUUAAACAGAAGGUUAUUUGAAAUGAUGCCUGAAGAUGUACAAUUUACUACUUUUUAAGUUCCUAGUGAUUGUUUUUUGUCUUGAUAUAUAACACAAUUAUUCUGGUAGUAAUGAGUAUUCCUAAAUGUUUAAUAGAGAGACUGACUUUUUAUCGGGUCUGCCAAACUUCUGAGUAUUUUAAGCCACACGGUUUAUACUGUAAAUAACAGAGAAAAUAAACAAUAAUGUCUACAUAAGAAGUAUUUAGCAUUUUAUAGAAGAUCUUUUAUAUUAUUUUAAUGUCCAUCCACUUCCAUCACAUAUGACCCAACCUUACUCACAACUGACUUGUCUGCAUCCUGUUGUAUCCCACUUAAAAUGUGGCCCUCCUCACCAGGAAGACAUGGCCUUUUUGCAUCUCUUAAUGAGGUCACUAACUCCCUUGAAAGGUGAGUGUUAAAAGGAAAUAUAUCAUAUAUACAAUUGAGGAGGGGAUUUUUUUUUUUUAAUUUUAGAAUGCCAGCAUAACAUUGCUAAUGUCUUUUACUGGUUCAUUUAAAAUAUUUCAUUGUCACAUAUUCAGAGAGCCUUUAGAAUGUACUGUUAUGACAUAAGAGGUAAGGCUGACGCAAGAAAUGGCACUUAUUUGUUCAGAAAAUGAGAGUAAGAUUUCAGCCACACCUUUUAUAUUUCUGCACCCCCCAAAAAAAAGAACAAGUUGCCCUAAAUAGGAUUACAUCAGUAUAGAUGCAGAAUGUGAGUUAUAUCUUGAUGACAGAAGUGUCCUGAUAUCUUGUACAUUAAUGAAGGAAUUUUGUCUGUACAACUCUUUGGAAUUAAGAUAUAUGUCUGAAAAUGUUAAAAGUAGGGAGCAGACAAGAGGCAGAAAGCUCAAACUUUGCAUGAUUAUGUCAGCAAAGUCUGUAAACUCAGAGCUUCUGCUUGUUCAUUCGUGUCACUCAUCCUUUUUAUUGUUAGAUACAAUGUGCACACAUAUAAUGGUGGUCUUGGUUAGAUUCUUAUGAGUUGCAGAAUCUGAUCUAUUUUUGUAUCAACAUAUAAUUUCGGUAGAAUUGCUUUCUUAGUAAAGUUUGCUGAAAAGUAGGAUAAGAAUACUGUAGCUAAUAAGGCAGCUCUUGCUAGCAACAUUUCAACAAUUCUACUCAGAACAACAUACUAACUGCUAAAAAAGAAUAUGUAUAUAACAAAUAGUGGAAGUAAUAAGCUCCAUGUCUUGACCUAUGUCUCUUCCAAGUUGCUUAGUCUGGUUUGAAGCUACGUGCUAAUGUGUGUGAAGCCCUGGUUUCUGAAUAUCUCAUUAAUUCACUACUUCCUCUGACCAUAGUUGUCCUAGUCUGAACUGGAUUCACAGUUUCAUACAACACCUGAACCAGCUGAAGCACUGACCAAUACCUAGAAUGAAGCCUACCUCUCCCUGGGUGCCCCUAUUUUCUAAUGAGAGAUUAAACAAAUUAAUGUUUACAAGCAUUAAUUAAAUAAUUGACAGACAUUCAUUAACGUGUAACUUUUUUAUAGUGCUCAGUUCAGAGGUCCAUUUUGAUGCUUGCAGAGUUUUAGGUUGCUAAACAUCCCAAGUGGAUGUCAACCCCCUACCUCCAGAGUUUUAGUUUUCUUACUGAUCUCCUGGCAUAGCUCAUUAAAUGAGUAAAAUGUGGAACACUUAGAAACAAUUUGCCAACAGCUUUAAAUAAGAAGCUCACAGAAUGAUUAAAAUGAACUACUUCAUACUUAUAAAAAGUGUUUUUGAUAAAUUAACAUGAUUCAAUAUUAUUUACCAUGGAUAUCAGUUAAAACAAUUAACACCGAAUAAGUGACAGACCCUUUCAAUGGGGAACUGCAUGGAACAUGGGCUUUUUAAGACUAAGAAUAAGAAGCAUUGCUCAUAAUGAGGUACACAUGAAAUGUAUGCCUCCCAGAUACUAUAUGCUGGAGUUUGUUCUUCCUGUUGUGUCUGGAUUAACUCUGGAUACUCUAGUUAGCUGCUAUCACCAAAAGACAUGUUGCUUGGGUUGACUAGCUUCUAUACAGAAAGAAAUGUAGUUUUGAAUAUUUUUUCCUCUGUGGGUUUGUGUGAAGGAAUUCACCAAAUGUAAGUGCAUAAUAAAAUUACAUAAGUAAAUAUAACGUCAUUGGACGUUUAUUAAGUAUUUCUUGAUCGAUACUAAAAUUUAAAAAAAAAUCAGUUGAGAAUCACUGAAGACAGUGAAUCUCUGUUACGUCAUUACAUCAGUAGAUGCAUGGCAUGUGAUUUGAGACAUUUGUUUUAUUAGUAAACUUUUUUCUGUUGUAAUACAAUAAAUUAAAAAGGACUAAACAGGAGCAAAGCAUCAGAUGUAAUACAAAUCAAAAAGCUUGAAAACAAUUACACAAAACCUAAAGGAUUUCAAAAAAGAAUUGCACUCUUCAGUUUUAUUGCUGAAAGUUAAUUUCCAAAGCAAAAGAAAUAUCAACAAACAAACUUUAACAGUAUUCAUAUUUGUAUAACUUUAUGCUAGCAGGUUGAAUAACAUCAGUAACUUCUUAAGUUACACAUCAUAUUUUUAAUCAUUUCUGGAAAAAGAUAUGACAUGCAACAUUUUUAACUGAAAAUUGUAACGUGCCAAAUGUUCAUCUAACAGACUAUAAGUGUGCAAAUACAUCAUGUAUUCUUUUAAGGUUACACUGAUUUAGUAAUUGUACUGUGAUUGUGACACUAAUAUAAAUUGACUGGCACAUGUUUUGUUGUUUAACACUGGUUCUGCUUCCUAUUAAGGCUGCAACGUAACAUUUCCUCUGAUAUGUGGCAUGUAAACCUGAUAGUGUGAAAACUUUUUCUGCCACUGGAAUUCAGACGGUGAACAUUUCUUUAAGCUGUAAAAUUGUGAAUUGUAUUAACUCUGUGUAUCCUACUGUUGUUACCUUCGGUAAUUAUAGCUUUUAGUAAAAGUACAAAUGUUUCCUGA